AUGAGGGGCAGCAUUGAACCUGUGGUCAAACCCAAACCAACAAAAAGGGGGGGUGAGAAGAAUGCCGGCAAGUCAAGAAAGAAGAAGAACAAAGGAAAGAACAAAAAGAAAGGGACACCCUGUGAAAUGGAAUACAAAAACUUUUGCAUCCAUGGUGAAUGCAUAUACCGAGAACAUCUGCGGAUGGUGACCUGCAAGUGUCAUCAGGAUUUUUUUGGUGAGCGCUGUGGUGAACAGUUCAUGAAGACUCAAAGGAAGAAUGAUGUAGCAGACUACUCAAAGACUGUUUUGGUGGUGGUAGCUGUCCUGCUGUCAAGCAUCAGCUUCAUUACUGUAAUUAUCAUUGUGAUAGUGCAGGUCAGGAAAAAGUGUCCUCAGUAUGAUGAGAAAGAAGAAAGGAAAAAACUUCGACAAGAAAACAGAAAUGGCCAUGUUGGUGUGUAG